AUGGAAACUUUGUCUUUUCCUAGAUAUAAUGCAGCUGAAAUUGUGGUUCAUAUUCGAAACAAAAUCUUAACAGGAGCUGAUGGUAAAAACCUCUCUAAGAAUGAUCUUUCUCCAAAUCCCAAGCCUGAAGUCUUACAUAUGAUCUACAUGAGAGCUUUACAGAUCGUAUAUGGAAUUCGACUGGAGCAUUUUUACAUGAUGCCAGUGAACUCUGAAGUCAUGUAUCCGCACAUAAUGGAAGGCUUCUUACCAGUCAGCAAUUUGUUUAUUCAUUUGGACUCAUUUCUGCCCAUCUGUCGGGUGCAUGACUUUGAGAUUGCUGAUAUUCUAUAUCCAAAGGCAAAACGGACAACUCGGUUUUUAAGCGGCAUUAUCAACUUUAUUCACUUCCGAGAAGCAUGCCGUGAGACAUAUAUGGAAUUUCUUUGGCAAUAUAAAUCUUCUGUGGACAAAAUGCAGCAGUUAAAUACUGCACACCAGGAGGCAUUAAUGAAAUUGGAGAGACUUGAUUCUGUCCCAGUUGAAGAGCAGGCAGAGUUCAAGCAGCUUUCAGAUGAUAUUCAGGAGCUGCAGCAAUCGCUGAAUCAAGAGUUUCGUCAAAAAACGAUAGUGUUGCAAGAGGGAAAUUCACAAAAGAAGUCAGAUAUUUCAGAGAAAACCAAGCGUUUGAAUGAACUAAAAUUGUCAGUGGUUUCUUUGAAAGAAAUACAAGAGAAUUUGAAAACAAAAAUUGUGGAUUCUCCAGAGAAAGUUAAGAAUUAUAAAGAAAAAAUGAAAGAUACAGUCCAGAAGCUUAAAAAUUCCAGACAAGAAGUGAUGGAAAAAUAUGAAAUCUAUCGAGACUCUGUUGACUGUCUGCCUUCAUGUCAGCUGGAAGUGCAGUUAUAUCAAAAGAAAAUACAGGACCUUGCAGAUAAUAGAGAAAAAUUAACCACUAUCUUAAAGGAGAGCCUGAACUUGGAGGACCAAAUUGAGAGUGAUGAGUCAGAAUUGAAGAAAUUGAAGACUGAAGAAAAUUCCUUUAAAAGACUGAUGAUUGUGAAGAAGGAAAAACUUGCCACAGCACAGUUCAGAAUAAAUAAGAAGCAUGAGGAUGUCAAGCAGUACAAACGCACAGUGAUUGAAGACUGUAAUAAAGUUCAAGAAAAAAGAGGUGCUGUCUAUGAGCGCGUAACCACAAUUAAUCAAGAAAUCCAAAAAAUUAAAUUUGGAAUUCAACAACUAAAAGAUGCUGCUGAAAGGGAGAAACUGAAGUCCCAGGAAAUAUUUCUCAGCUUGAAAGCUGCUUUGGAGAAAUACCACGAAGGCAUUGAAAAGGCAACAGAGGACUGUCAUGCUAAAAUAGAUGAGAAAACAGCUGAACUGAAGAAGAAAAUGUUCAGAACUCAACCUGAUGAACAAAAUUACUCAUCUUUUUAUAAAUAG